CCCCCCAUAAAAAAAAAAUAGAGAUCGAAAAAAAAAAAUUGAGGGACAAAACACCCCCCCCCCCAAAAUUAAGAGAAUAGAAUAGAAACCGGAAGCUAAAAGAGAGAGAGAGACCGAGAGAGCCCCUGUUAGAGGAUCUGUUAGAGGAUUCAUGGCCAUUAGGGGUAAGUGUCGCGCCGCCGCCGCCCCCCCGCCGCCUCCGCCGCCACCCCAGAGCAGCUGCCGGGCGUAGACUAACCAACCCCCUCCCCCCCUCAAAAAAACAUUUAUAGAUUGCCUUAAGAUAUGCCUAGAAUGAGCAGGAAAACGUCUUACUCUUAUCACGGAGUCAAUGAAGGCGAGAGUGAGGAUGGGCAGCGUUUGAGGUUCCAGAUUGAGCUGGAGUUUGUCCAGUGUCUGGCUAACCCCAACUACCUGCUCUUUCAUGUUGUUCCAUACCCUGUGUGCCUUUAUUUCUUGGACCUUUUGCAGCACGAAAACUUCAGGAAGGAGAUUGUCAACGGUCAGUGCGCCAAAUUCAUUGACGACCAGACUGUGUUACACUGGCAACACUACACUAGGAAGCGCAUGAAACUUCUCGAAACUGGCUUCAAUCAACAGGGCUCACACACUCCAGUUUCUCAGACGACUGCCGUUUCAGGAGCCCAGCCACAGGCUACUAUGCCCACCAGUCUAAUUAAUGGUCAUGGACAGAUCCAGAAAGUGUGA